GGACAGUGAUGACGACGACGAGGUUGCUGUUGGUGUGGAACGGGAUCGCUUUAUGGAUGAGUUUUUUGAGCAGGUUGAAGAAAUCCGUGGAUUCAUAGAAAAGAUCUCAGAAAAUGUGGAAGAGGUGAAGCGAAAGCAUAGUGCCAUCCUCGCAGCCCCAAACCCUGAUGAGAAAACCAAGGAGGAGCUGGAGGAAUUGAUGACUGACAUCAAGAAGACGGCCAACAAAGUGCGCUCUAAGCUAAAGAGUAUUGAACAGAGUAUUGAACAAGAGGAAGGGCUGAACAGAUCAUCAGCAGAUUUGAGAAUAAGGAAAACUCAGCAUUCUACCUUAUCGCGGAAGUUUGUGGAGGUGAUGUCAGAAUAUAACGCAACCCAGUCUGAUUACCGGGAGCGCUGUAAGGGAAGAAUCCAAAGACAGCUGGAAAUAACUGGCAGGACCACCACUAGUGAGGAACUGGAAGACAUGCUUGAGAGUGGGAAUCCAGCUAUUUUCUCCUCUGGGAUCAUCAUGGACUCCAACAUUACAAAGCAGGCCCUGAAUGAGAUUGAGACACGGCAUAGUGAGAUCAUCAAGCUGGAAAACAGCAUCCGAGAGCUCCAUGACAUGUUCAUGGACAUGGCCAUGUUGGUGGAAAGCCAGGUCUAGCACCGAACACCAUGGCAAAGGAGGCAGAAAACGCCGUUCCCACUGCACGUGGACAUGCUUGUGAGGAAAGAGGUAAUAGGGAGAACCUCAGCACCCCUCCAGCCAUGUUUUUUGAAAUCUGUGUGCAUCCCCCGCUGUGCAGGGCGAGAUGAUCGACCGCAUUGAAUAUAAUGUGGAACACUCCGUGGACUAUGUGGAGAGGGCCGUGUCAGAUACCAAAAAAGCUGUAAAGUACCAGAGCAAAGCCCGGCGGAAGAAGAUUAUGAUUAUCAUCUGCUGCGUUAUUCUGGGAAUUGUCAUUGCUUCUACUAUUGGCGGGAUUUUUGGCUAGAAGCCUGCAACCAUCCGAGACUGUCAUUUAUGGGAGUAAGGAGAUGAAUAGGUGCACCAGAGCCACCUGGCCCACUACCCACUUGGGCUCAUCCAAACCUUGUACCCGCCAUUGGAGAAACCGGCGGACCAGCACUUCCAUCUCUAAUGCAUGAUUAUUUGUGUUAACACUAUGUGUUAAGUACAGUGUAUGUGUUGGGGGAGGGAUGGUGCUGGGGGGAUGGUGGGAAGGCAGUGUGUGCAUGAUGUGCUCAAGGUUUCAGCAGUUUUGGCAGUUCCACCACCUUUUGACCUCUUCUUGAUGGUCAGAUCUCCUCAAACCGAACCCCCUUUCCCUUCCAGCGAGGUUCUCCUUCUUCUCCCCAAAGAAGAGUUUGCUAUGACAGCUAUGCACAGUUAAUCCAGUCCCUGCUCUGGCAGGGACAAGGUCUGGUCGUCGUCAUCCUUGCCAGAACUGUGUCCUUUGCACUGUUGCUUGUAAGAGGAAGGGGAGCCUCUUUGGCAACAGCUGUCAGCUCAAACCAGGUCAGUCUUCCUCUUUUUCAGCCACGGGCAAGGACCUCUUUGUCAUGUUGCAGGCCUGUUCAGUAGGGUGUUCUGUAUUUUUUUUUAAAGUUCUGCAGCUGCCCAGCCAGGAGCAAGAGAUGGGCAUGACCCACCUGGCCCAAAUCUGUGUCUUCCACAGUUCUGGUCUGAGCUCCAUUUCUGUUCAGUGGAAACAUCACCCCCCUUUUCAACUUCUGAAGAACCACUGGGCUUCUUUCCUCUUGCCUUCCUGUAAGCAAAAUGUAUGUAUUUCUUUGAAAUGUCAUUCAACCUUUUUGCUUAAAGCAGAAAGGUGACUUGCAACAUGAAAUUAGGACAAAACCACUAAUAAUUGUUUUUAAACAAUGAGCUAAACUGGAGGAGUGGAAGGUUGCCUUCACCAUUUCCAAUUAGGCAUUCUGGAUGUUAACCAAAGGGCUGGUGGAUGAUGAAAUGGUCAUUCACAAAUGCAUAUUUUAGAAAUGUGUUCUAGGUAAGUUGCAGCUCCUCCAUUACACAAAACAACAAACCCAAGUUUAAAAUAUUAUGAGAAGCAGCCUUAGAUUGAGGGCCUCUAAUAAAAUGACUGUGGUACUAAUGUGUCCAUGGGGCUUCCUUGGUCCCUACCAGACCCCCUACCCUGAUUUAAAUAAUAAAAAUAAUAAUAAUAAUAAGAAAGCUGGCACACUGCCAAAGAGCAAGCCUCUGGCUUCAAUGUUUUAUUUCACAGUUGGCUUUUUGGGCCUUAUAGGUACUGUUAGAAAAUAAAAAUGAUGAUGCCUGCAAAAAAAGGAGAAAAGAAAUUUGAUAAAUAAAAGUUCUGAACAGGUUAGUAAGAGAGCAAAUAGAAUGCUUACCCAUCUGCCCUCUGGUAAAUGGGUGUUUUGGGACUGGCGUAAGGGCACCCGUGGUGUGUUGAAAAUCCAGUUAUGCCCACUGGAAUAAAACAGCUGAGGACCGCAGCUUUCACUGAAGGUUGGAAUUGUGUCAACUUUGUGCCUCAUUCCAGAAAUUACAACUGACAUCAUGCCUGCAAUGCACACACACUGGGUGCUUGAGCUAUACCAGAUACUGAAACCUUGGCCUUGUAUUAGCCUCUUUGGGCUUAAGACCAACUGGGCUAGUU